CUACGUAGUCGUCGUACUCAUUCUCGCCGCGGCUCGCUCGCGCUUUCGGAGUCGCGAUUCGCGGAGCCUCGAUCGCUCGUUUUCCGAGUCUGAACUGCUGCUGUCUGUCCAGCGCGACCGAGCUCGUCCUUCGCGAUUGUCCGAGCCAGCUCGUCUACCUGUGGGGACCCCGAGCUUCUGAAAAAUGCCUAGCUGAUACGCCCUGGAUUAUCCACCAUUCGUGCUCGAGCAUCUACUGCUGGUCGUGCAAAAAAAAACGGCCAUUUUGCGCCCCCUUCACCUCUCCCAAGCUCCCUACGCCUCCCACCUUCUCUAUAUAUCGAACAAGAGGAGACUAUCUGAUACGAGCGCGCAGCGGUAGUCAGCAGCAGCAGCAUUAACAAGUAACAAGCAGAGGUCGGACCAAGUGUUCUCGAAGGAGGACCUGAACUUCGCCGAGAAGCGCUGAAAUCCACUCGCUGUUAUUGAUGCUGUAACGAAUAUUAGUGUGUGCUGGUCUGGAGAACUAGUGCGCGCGUGUGUGUGUGCUGCCAACGAGCCAAAGUGAUAAGUGUCGAUUAUUUACUAAUAAAUAGUUUCCACCAUGUCGGGCAAUACGGGAAUGGAGCAGCUGAUUCCGAUCGUGAACAAGCUCCAGGAUGCGUUCACGCAACUCGGAGUCACGAUGCAGCUCGACCUGCCUCAGAUUGCCGUCGUCGGUGGUCAGAGUGCAGGAAAGUCAUCUGUCCUCGAGAACUUCGUCGGAAAGGAUUUUCUGCCCAGAGGCUCGGGUAUCGUUACCAGACGACCUCUCAUCCUACAGCUGAUCAACAGCAUGAGCGAAUGGGCCGAAUUUCUUCACUGCAAAGGAAAAAAAUUCGUGGAUUUCGAUGAAGUUCGGAAAGAAAUCGAGGCAGAGACGGAUCGAGUUACUGGAAGCAACAAAGGCAUUUCCAAUUUGCCUAUCAAUUUAAGAGUUUACUCACCCAAUGUGUUGAACUUGACUCUAAUUGAUUUACCUGGAUUGACAAAGGUGCCAAUCGGCGACCAACCAGCCGAUAUUGAGGCUCAAAUCAAAGGAAUGAUCUUUCAAUUCAUCAAGCGUGAAAACUGUCUCAUCUUAGCUGUCACACCUGCGAAUACUGAUUUAGCAAAUAGCGAUGCUCUUAAACUUGCCAAGGAGGUCGAUCCCCAAGGUGUGCGUACCAUUGGUGUCAUUACUAAGCUGGAUCUUAUGGAUGACGGUACAGAUGCUCGAGAUAUCUUAGAAAACAAAUUGUUGCCCCUGCGAAGAGGCUACAUAGGAGUAGUAAACAGAAGUCAGAAAGAUAUCGAAGGUCGCAAAGACAUAAGAGCAGCUCUGGCAGCAGAGCGCAAAUUCUUUUUGAGUCAUCCAUCCUAUCGGCACUUGGCGGAUAAAUUGGGUACUCCAUACCUUCAGCGCGUUCUUAAUCAGCAGCUGACGAACCACAUUAGGGAUACGCUACCGGCAUUGCGAGAUAGACUGCAAAAGCAACUUUUAGCCCUUGAAAAGGAUGUCGAGCAGUACAAACACUUCAGGCCGGAUGAUCCGGCUAUCAAAACCAAAGCCAUGCUUCAAAUGAUUCAGCAACUUCAAUCAGACUUUGAGAGAACUAUUGAAGGUUCCGGUUCAGCUCAAAUCAACACUAUGGAGCUAAGUGGUGGUGCAAAAAUCAACCGACUAUUCCACGAACGUUUUCCAUUUGAAAUAGUCAAAAUGGAAUUUGAUGAGAAGGAAUUGCGAAGAGAAAUUGCUUUUGCUAUCAGAAAUAUUCAUGGUAUACGUGUUGGUCUUUUCACUCCCGAUAUGGCUUUUGAGGCUAUCGUCAAGAAACAAAUUAAUAGGCUAAAAGAGCCUAGUCUCAAAUGUGUCGAUCUAGUCGUACAAGAACUCAGCAACGUUGUUCGUAUUUGUACUGACCGCAUGUCAAGAUAUCCCAGACUUCGAGAAGAAACGGAACGUAUCAUCACCACCCAUGUAAGACAACGAGAGCAAAUGUGUAAAGAACAACUUAUACUGCUGGUAGAUUGUGAACUAGCAUAUAUGAACACUAAUCACGAAGAUUUUAUUGGUUUUGCAAAUGCUCAACAAUCUUCGGAGAACGCCGUAAAGGCCGGCAGACACACUCUUGGUAAUCAGGUCAUUCGCAAAGGUUACAUGUGCAUACAUAAUCUCGGUAUUAUGAAAGGAGGCUCAAAGGAUUACUGGUUCGUUUUGACCUCCGAAAGCAUUUCAUGGUUCAAGGAUGAAGAGGAGCGAGAAAAAAAGUACAUGUUACCAUUGGAUGGUUUGAAAUUGCGUGAUCUCGAGCAGGGAUUCAUGUCACGUCGUCACCUUUUUGCGCUCUUCAAUCCCGAGGGUAGAAACGUAUACAAAGAUUACAAACAACUCGAGUUGAGCUGCGAAACACAGGAUGAUGUCGACUCAUGGAAGGCUUCCUUCUUGCGUGCUGGAGUAUACCCUGAAAAAUCUACAGAACAAGCUAACGGUGAUGGAGAAGAGGGAUAUGAGGGUGGAAGUGAACCACAAUCUUCCAUGGAUCCACAACUGGAAAGGCAAGUAGAGACCAUCAGAAACUUGGUUGACUCUUACAUGAAGAUCGUUACAAAGACCACUCGAGAUUUAGUUCCAAAAACUAUUAUGCAUCUCAUUAUAAACAAUGCCAAAGACUUCAUCAAUGGUGAACUCUUAGCUCAUUUGUAUGCCAGUGGAGAUCAAUCUUCUAUGAUGGAAGAAUCUCCGGAAGAAGCUCAAAAACGCGAAGAGAUGCUUCGCAUGUACCAUGCUUGCAAAGAGGCUCUUAGAAUUAUUGGUGAUGUUUCAAUGGCUACUGUUACAACACCUGUACCGCCACCCGUUAAAAACGAUUGGUUAGCAACCAGCGAAAAUCCAAGCCUUGGGCUAUCACCACCAUCACCGGGUGGCCCAGGUAGUCGUCCAAGAAAUCAGGCACCACCACCAGCUAGCUCGCGAGCUCCACCACCAGUGCCAGCAGGUGGUGGUAGACCCGCACCGGCGAUUCCUAACAGACCUGGACCUGGUGCACCGCCGCCCGGGCGUGGUGCCCCGGGUGGAGGACUACCACCUCCUCUUAUACCUUCGCGCCGACAAUAAGUCUACGCACUAAUACACCUAAUUGCUACUAAUCCAUAUAAUAUUCGUUGCAUCUAACUGAUAAAAAUAAAACCAAAAAUAAUCGCAUUUAAAAAAACAAAAGAACAUUUCGGCCACAUAAGUGGUUUAUUUUUGGCUGCAAAUACUUAAGUGUAAUGAAAAAAAUCACAAUAUUUCGGUGUCAUUGUCGAUUCGGGGUGUGCGCUACAAUUCAGCAACGAAUGGUAUAAUACGCAUUCAAUAUACACAUAUCGCGCGAUUUUCCGCUAACUUUACGAGAGCAUAAUGAAAUGUAUGUUCGAAUAAUUGAUGAUGUUAUUCAUGAUAAAUCAUUCAACACGUUUGCAUUUCUUCACAUCUCAAUGCAUAUGAUAUACGUAUAUAUUUAUUCAAAAUAACGAUUAUGCACCUGCUUGUUUGAGAGGUCCAAGUAAUUGUAUUUUUUAAGAGUUAUCAAAUAAUCAUAAAUUCUAUAUACUCGCGUGUUUUGUCUGUUAGCUAGCAUCACGUUAGAAAAUAAAAACAAUUUGUGGAGCUUCAAUUUCUUUUUUUAAAACAAAAAAAAAGAAACAAGUACAAAGUGUCUUGAGAAAUUGAGAGCUCUGCGAAAAUAAAGUUCUUGUGCGUACAGCAAGUAGCCUGAAAUCUGUAAUAAUAAUCUUAUCUCGAUUGUCUUUUAUCUGUUAGAGAACCGCACACCCCUAUCCACGCAAUUAUUAUUUCAUUUUUGUGGAAUUUUCUUCAUCUGAUGGCAAAAUUUGAGAAACUCUAUGAAAAAUUUGCACUUUCCGAUUUAAAGUGCUUGAAUGUUUCGAGGAAAAAAAUUUCGGCAAAAAGUAUCAUUAUCUCGUAAAUUCACUCAUAUUUUACAUAUGAGAGAAAUAAUUAUCAUUAUAUAACUCACACGUUGUAUAUGAUAGCCAUGUAUAUAAUUAUAAAAAAUAAGAACUUAGUUGAGAAAUCUUUUUGAGCUUGUAUAUCACACGAUGCAACAUCUAACGCUUCUUAACAGCAUGACAUUUCAUUGAAUUAUAAAAAAAUAAAAUAUCUCAGCAAUUUUUUCUUAAAAAAAUUUAAUAGAGUUAACUGAAAUUGCGAGUUUGCGGAUGAAGGUUGCGGUGUUGAUAAGACGGUAAUUUUUUGAUCGUCCGACUGAGUCUAAAAAACUUGAAUGUAUAUGUAUAUAUCAAGAAUAUAGUACAAUCGAACAUCGAA